AUGGCGUCUCAAACUGGCACAGAUGCCGCCACCGAAGCUCGAGUUUUAGGCAACACGCUUUACAAAGCCGGCAAACUCUCACAAGCCGAGGAAGCAUACAAAACAGCAGCGUCUCUCGUCCCCCAUCAUUCGUCGCCCGUCUCUAAUAUGUCAGCUGUGAGAUAUGAGAUGGGUGACUAUAGAGGUGCCAUUGCCUACAUCAACCAGGUAUUAGCGCUUAUCUCUGAUGAUACCAGCGACAGCGGCAAGAAAGAUAAGUUAUACAGCCGGCUAGCCAAGUGCUACUUGCACCUACUUGAAUUCAUUCCUGCCGAGGAUGCCAUAUCCAGCAUUGAUAGUGUUGAUCUCCGGUUCGAGCUAUACGAGUCGGUUGAAUCAAUGAAGGUCUUGCGGGCUGAGGCCCCAGAUGAAUCCGCCCUCCGGAGACAGGUCCUUGACCAGAUAUCACGGUUCAAGCCAUGUCUACAAGAUGUGGCUGAAUAUUACGCCGUGGGCCAUGACCACACAGAAACUUUGACGGAGCCAUUCGGAAAGACGGGCGGCACCGAAAUACCAGACAUAUCAUUCUUCUUUGCCGGCAGCGGAGAUGGACGUAACCUCUUUUCCGCCAUCACCUCGAUGUUCUUCAGGGAGGCAUAA